AUGUUUCAGUUCUCAAAGUCUAUCUGGGUCACUGUCCUCGUUGCAGCGGCUGCAGUUCAAGCUUAUUCUGAUCCCGGAGCUUGUUCUGGAUACUGUUUGGCCCACGACCCGGCUGUUAUUCAGCGCACGAGUGAUGGUACCUAUUUCAAAUUCAAUACUGGAACGGGUAUUCAGUACGCAACUGCGUCCUCUUUAGCGGGACCAUGGUUUAUCCAAGGAUACGUUCUUCCUGAUGGAAGCUCCAUCGCCAAUUCUGGCAGCGACGAUCCAUGGGCGCCGGAUGUUCACCUUGUUGGUGGUAUAUACUAUCUCUACUACGCAGUUUCGACCUUCGGUAGCCAGACCAGUGCCAUUGGUGUGGCUACCAGCACCACGAUGGACGUUGGCAGCUGGACCGACCAUGGAUCAACCGGGGUAGCAAGUACAUCUGCGAAGCCAUAUAAUGCUAUCGACCCUAACUUGAUUAUUGUCGGAAGCAGCCCCUAUCUCAAUUUUGGCUCCUUUUGGGGUGAUAUUUUCCAGGUCAAGAUGAGCUCUUCUCUGACGUCAACUGCUGGAGGCUCUUCUUAUAAUAUUGAGUAUAAUGCAGCUGGAGACCACGCUUGCGAGGGCUCGUAUAUGUUCUACUAUAGUGGAUACUACUAUCUGUUGUGGAGUCAUGGAAUCUGCUGUGGCUAUGAAAACACACUACCUGCUACUGGUAAUGAAUAUAUGAUUAUGAUGGCCCGUUCUACAUCUGCCACGAGCGGUUUCGUUGACAAGAAUGGCGUUGCAGCCACCAGUGGUGGUGGAUCAAUUUUGCUCGAAAGCCAUGGUUACGUCUACGGUCCUGGUGGACAGGGCGUGUUCUCAAGUACCACCCAAGGAUUGGUACUCUACUACCACUACGCGGAUACUAAUGUUGGACUCGCUGAUGCCGACUAUCAGUUUGGAUGGAACGUGUUGUCCUGGGAUAACGGAUGGCCAAUAGUGUAA